GUUUAAUAGUCAACAAUUACUAUUUUUCCCGCUUUACGGAAACGUUAACUAUGGCUGAAGGGAAGCAUUUCAUUCCGAUUUAUGUUGUCACUGGUGUUCUCGGGCUGGUUUUUAUAUGUGGACCGUUCAUGGUGCCCAAAAGUGAAAGUCGAGGGAUUACCCGAUGCUGUAUAAUGUUAACUGCAUUCUGCAUGUGGUUAUUCUGGAUUACUAUUUAUGUAUCACAAUUAAACCCUCUCAUGGGGCCCCGUAUGGAGAAUACUACAUUAGCUUGGAUGGCUAGUAAAUGGGGCCUCGAUAUAAAAAAUAAAACAUAACAUACGCUAACAUAAAUAAUAAUACAUACGCCCCCACAACAUAUCCUACGAUAUCGGCGAAGAUCAAAAUAACAUUUGUACGAAAUCAUUUAUCAACGCUGAUUCCCUUUCCAUUUGGAGUCCCCUUGCUCACACUGAUGUACGCCACCCGUAAGGAUGCUCACACGGUAUAAAAAAGCCCUAUCUGUAUAUCCUACAUGUAUGCGUGAAUGUAUGGUUUUUGCAUUACUUUUGGUAAUUUAGUUUUUUAAAUUUAAUUAUUUUAGUUGUGUAAUUGUU